CCGGGCCGGCCCGUUUAAUUUGCCCAUAUUAUCCAUUUAAUCAGAAAAAUUGCAAAAAAACUGUGCACAAUGAGGUCUUGAACCCAGGACCUCCCUCUACUAAGCUGAAAGCACUAUAUGUAAGAGGCUAACAAGUAGAACUUUAGUGCAUUUGUUGUAAAUAGCAAAUAUAAAAUCUAAAUAUAUAUAUAUAUACUAUGUUUUAUAAAAUAAAAAAAUAUAUAAUCGUGCCGGGCCGGACCGGCACUGCGGACCGAGACAGCGGCCCAAGCACGGCACAGCUGUCGUGUCGGGCCCGACCCGGCACUAUUAAACGGGUCGUGCUUCGGACCGGCCCGUCAAGCCCGGCCCAUUUGGCCAUCUAUACUCGCGCCCCCGCUCUCUGCUGUCUGCCGCCAUCUCCAAAUCUCGCCGCCAGACCUGCACCCGCCCCCGCUCUCCUCUCUCGCGCCCCCGCUCUCUCGCCCGCCAUCAUGGAAGGAGAAUCUCCAACCAGGGAAGGUCCGCGUGGUUCCAUGGAAGGUCCGACACCGCUCUCCUCUCUGUUGUCUCUCUCGCCCGCCAUCUAUGCGCUCUCUCGCCUCCUGAGCCGCCCCCUCCAGCAUGGGGUAAGGAUAGAAGCAGCCAAAUACGUUUGUGCAACAAGGUACUGCAUGGAAACAACUUGGCUCUGGCAAAGGCGAUGGUAGUUGUGGUUCGCGGCGACGGCGUCGACUCCCUCCUCGCCAAGACCACGCAGGGCCACACCGACGUCCUCCUCCUCGACUCGUAAUCCCCCUCUUCCUUGCUCGCUUUGUUCCUACGCCAGUCCAUUUGUUCCUUGUGUGCUUCCUCGACCCAAAGGCGCGUGGUUCGGUCGCCCUGGUCCCUUGCCUGUACCCAAUCCUUAGGGAUCUGACUGGAUCUACUUAAUUCGGGGUAUAGAAAUGGGUGGAUUGCGGCGAACGGCACCACCACGCUGGAGAUGCCAGUGAAGGUGUCGUACUGGGAGGAGACUGGGGCAUCAACUACCUGCUAGAGGUGGGGGCGUGGGGCUCACCAUCGACCUCCCUGCCAUUGGCACCUUUACUAUCCCGCUCACCACCGAGGGAGCCUUCCGAGAAUUCAGAUGUUUUAGUGUACGAAUAGAUUUACUGUCACACCAUAAUCAGUGCUAUACCUAAGUAAUAUUGGUGGAUUAGCAUAUUUGGGUUCUUACACCUGUGUGUAAAAGAGGAGUUUAAGUCUGACUGUCACAAAAAAUCUAACCCGAUGUUUAAAUCCUUUUUUUAUGAAAUCUAUUCCACCGCCAGCAGUUAAGAGAAACACUAUUCCACCACCUCCAGCUCUAAGUUUGUGCAAAAACUCUACAUCAAAUUCAAAAAAUAGUGCUUACAUGCUAGAAGAUUACAAAUGUGUUCUGGGCUCAAUUGUCAUUACUUUUUUAUUUUGCUUGAUGAUCUGUUAAUGAAAUAAAAAGUACCCUCUCCUUCACCGGUCCAUCGUUGGUCGCGUCGCUCUGCGACCCCAUCUACAUUCUACACAGGCCCCCACCUCGCCCGCGACACCACACAACGACUCAGGCAAGGCACCCACCAUCCACUGGCACCGACGGGAUGAGGUGAGGACUGGGGAGACAAUUUCAGAGUUCAGACUUCGUUUCAUUGUUUCAGACAUUCAGAGCUUACAUUGCCUCCAAGUUAGUUCUAUUCAGAUGUAACAUUUGUUGUAGGUAACGCCCCUUUACUGUUCUUAUUGAUUAGCAUGCUGGUACUUAACCUAUUCGUGUGAUGAACACAAUCCAAUAGUAAUCUUGAAAUCUGAAACAUAGGCUUACUGUACUUUGUUUAGCCUAAAGAAUUAGGGGUGUAUUGUUUGAAUGCUUAUGCAUUAUACAAUUUGGUUAUAGAAUUUGUGACACCCGAUCUGCAUUUCUAGCUCCUUCACACCCGUGCAAAAACAAGGUAAUUAUUCUAUUUGUUUGGUUGGCAUGGAUGAAUUUUCUGAGUCGAUAUGCUUCAAAUUUGGGUUGGCUCCGCCACUACUUCUGGGACAGGACAUUUAUAGCUCUUAGCAAGUUGGCUCACACAUCUUUCAUAUAAAAAAUCUCAGUGCUUAUCUGUUUUUCCCUUUAAUUCAUUUGACUUGCAAUUAGUCAACAAACAUUCUGCAACAGCAUUUGAUCCUCCAAGCAUCCAAAAGAUACUUAGUUACUUACCUUACUUUUUGGCAGAUGCACUUCAUUUUACCAUGCCAAACAUACUGAAUUGUGAUACUUUACCAAUAAUAAACAUUACUCUCAUUCAACAAACAAUUCCAUUACCCACCUUAUUCGAAAAUUUUAUAAAUUAGUUGCCUAUCAUUAACACAUAUCCAAAUGGUUAAAUGAUGUCUCUUACAUGACCUGCUAUCAGUGGUGAAAGGCAUUGCAAUGCAUGUGGCUUUGUAGGAACACUCUGGCCUGUGCUAUAACUCUUAAUCCUCUUCGUCAAGAACCCAUCCUUACUCCCAAGAAGGACCUCCAUCCCUGCAGGCUCCCCAGGUUCACACCAGUUAAUCUCUGGCUCAUUCUCAACCUCACCAUUCCAAGAGUGCAGAAUUAUUUAGCAUUCACUAACAAUGUUAUAUUUAAAGCCCACACAAGAUUAUCAACCAAUUCAACAAGUGAACACCCUACUGCACCAAUUCAAUAAUUAAGUUACAACGCUAGAAAACUGUUAAUUGGACACCAUUUUUAUUCAAACUUCCAAAGGCAGUACUGGCCUUGAUGGUGUUUAGUUCAGGUUGUGUGUAAGGUACUAAAAAUGCUAUUAAGUGCAAAGAAGAGCCGGAAAAUUAUUGUAUGUUAACUAAAAUAGUACUAUGUUUGUUUAUUAGCUGCAAGUUUUAUGUAUUAACUUCAAGUACUACUAUCCAUGAUCCUUAUUAACUUGAAGUUUGCAAUCCAUUAGUUAAGUUUUGGAUGUUGAGAAAUUUAUUAAUCCAAUAGUUCAUGUUUCUGCAGCAUAUAAGUCCAUGGCAGUGAAGAGAUAUUGAGCUACCAUAACUAUGUCUUGAUGACCACAUAUCCAUUGGAGCAUGUUGAACUGACUGCCAAGACCAAGAGAGAUAAAUGCACUACAAGUUGUGCAUGUGUGGAUUCAGUAAGCAUCGACGCCAUACUCGAGCAACACCUGGACGUUGUUGGCGUGGCCUUGGCCGACGACGAGGUCGAGCAGCGUGCAGUCAGAGGUCCCUUUUUGGACUAUGGCGUCUGCAGCACAUCACUCGGGCUCUCUGUGGUUGAGCACCUCCUUGAGCUCCUCGAUCGCGCUGUCCUCGACAACAAGCCGUGUGGCCACAGAUGCUCCUACAAAGCUCGCCCUGAUUCCAUUGUCCACAAACAACUGCUUCAUCCUCGUUGAGAACCACUCCAGGUUGACUGAGCCCAGCGUUGUCAUGGGUUCCUUCGCCACGACACCGGCUGCGACCACGUUGUGCAGCAGGGACACCUCCUCACCUCGAUUUCCUCCUCGUGACAUCAUCACCAACUACUCUCCCACCAUCCUUUGCAUCCAACAAGGUAACUGGUGGUGAUAUAAAUCAUGAGAUUCUAGAAUAUGGCUCUAUUAUACUGAAUUGAUUGGUUGGAAAGGACAGGUAACUACUUAAUUCGUGUGAUUUCUUGUUAGAUGUAAAUAGCUACUGAUUGCAACUGAAAUGUGUCGAUUUAUGAUUGCAACCAAAAUAUGUCAAUUUAUCUUUAUAGUUAGUAUUAUUGUAAAGG